ACCUCAAUACGUUACGUGUCGCUGUUCUAUUGGUGGCCUCCACAAAACCCCUCGGGUCAUAUACCCUUCCUUCUCCGAGUGGGUACCCGAAAAAGUUGAGGAACACAACUUCGGCAGAAGGAUAUGGCCAGAUCGAGCUCGCAAACUCUCACAGUACUCUUUUGCAGUCUACUCAUCCUCGGACUGACAGCCGUUGCUCAGGCUAAAAAAUCAGACAAUGACUUGAAAGAAGUGACUCACAAAGUUUACUUCGAUGUCGAGAUUGAUGGAAGACCUGCUGGGCGGGUGGUGAUGGGUCUCUUUGGCAAAGCAGUUCCUAAGACAGCAGAAAAUUUCAGAGCAUUGUGCACAGGGGAGAAAGGUACUGGAAAGAGCGGGAAGCCUCUCCAUUACAAAGGAAGCAAAUUCCAUAGAAUCAUCCCCAACUUCAUGAUUCAAGGUGGUGACUUCACCCUUGGAGAUGGUAGGGGUGGGGAGUCAAUUUAUGGAGAGAAAUUUGCUGAUGAAAAUUUCAAAAUUAAGCAUACCGGACCAGGCCUGAUGUCAAUGGCUAAUGCUGGUCCUGACACCAAUGGUUCACAGUUCUUCAUAACAACUGUCACAACUAGCUGGUUGGAUGGUCGGCAUGUAGUCUUUGGUAAGGUCCUCUCUGGCAUGGAUGUAGUUUAUGCGAUUGAAGCUGAAGGCAGGCAGAAUGGAACGCCAAAAAGCGAAGUUAAAAUUGCCGACAGUGGUGAACUCCCAUUAUGAUGAACUUCUGCUUAGGUGUCUUUUUUUGUUCUGCUAACUGUUUGGGUUAGAAUGGCUCAGUUGCAGUUGCAUGAUUCUGUAUUAGUAGACCCUCGUUUCUUGUGACGGUUUCAAACUUCAUAACUUUUUAUUGUGGAGCUCUUUGAAGCAUUAUCUUUUUGUUUCCUUGAACGAGCAGUCAUUGUUCUAAAGUUAUAUUUAACUUGUUAAAUUGCAGGAGUAGAAUAAUGUUGGGUAGAAUUGACUCAAAUAAAGAAGUAGACUAAGAUUGGACA